GGGAAGCCCGGAGCUUUCGGAGCACAUAUGGGGGUACUGAGCGCAGUUUCCGUCCGCCUGGCACCUGUUGCUGUUUUAUUGUUAUUUUUGGCACCUGCCUGUUGCGGAUUUUAACCACUCGCAUCUCCACCAUGUCGGAGGAACACACCGAUUCCAACUCCAGCGGGUACUAUUUUGACAAUCCCUCAACACGGAUCCAGAGCAGCUUCGUGUUCUCAGGACCCAUUUUUGUCAUUCUGAUGGUGAUGAUGGUGACUUUGGUCGUGGUGAUAGUUUUAGGCAACGCGCUGGUCAUUUUGGCUUUCAAGGUGGACAAGAGUUUGAGGAGACAAUGCAAUUACUACUUUCUGAAUUUGGCAAUCUCGGAUUUUCUUGUGGGGGCGUUCUGCAUCCCUGUCUACAUCCCCUACAUCCUGACAGGCAAGUGGACGUUGGGUCGAGGACUGUGCAAGCUGUGGCUGGUCACAGACUAUCUGCUCUGCUCGGCAUCCGUCUUUAGCAUUGUGCUCAUCAGCUAUGACCGUUUCCUUUCUGUCACCAGAGCGGUAAGUUAUCGAGCCAGACAGAGCAUGACUCAUCAGGCCAUAAUCAAGAUGAUUGCAGUCUGGGUGCUGGCCUUUGUCCUGUAUGGGCCAGCUAUCAUAUUCUGGGAGCUGGUGGUCGGCAGAAGCCGCGUGCCAAAGGAUGAGUGCUUUGCAGAGUUCUAUUACUCUUGGUACUUUUUGCUAAGUGCCUCUAUGCUGGAGUUUUUCUCUCCUUUCAUCUCGGUGGCUUUCUUCAACCUCAGCAUUUACCUCAGUAUACGCAGGAGGAGGCGCCACCACAGGGAGGCCCAGCUUCAGCAACAGCUUCAGGCAAGUGAACCUGCCUCUGCCCAGGGGGAAGGCAUCCCUCUGUCCCACAACUGGGGAUUCGGGAUAAAGCUGCCUGGAAGAGGCUCCAUCCACUCUCAGACCUCCUCCCCUUGUUUGGGUAAACUGGAUCCCUCCACCAGCAGGGCUGCUCAGCCUAGCCGUCUGUCCAGGGAUAAGAAAAUUGCUAAGUCCCUGGCAAUCAUAGUAUGUGUGUUUGCCAUCUGCUGGGCACCAUACACCCUACUGAUGAUCAUCCGUGCUGCCUGCAGAGGGCGAUGCAUCCAGCAUCACUGGUAUGAGGUCACCUUCUGGCUCCUGUGGCUUAACUCGGCUAUUAACCCAUUCCUGUACCCUCUGUGCCACAGUAGCUUCCGCAGGGCCUUCAGCAAGAUUCUCUGCCCAAAGCGGUACACAACUCCGCCUUCAUCUGUGCUGCGCCCUGGCCAAUGACACGCAGAAACCCCCGAACAAUGUACCUGAACGACUGGAUGAAAGCAGAAUAAACUAAUCUGUGUCCAACAGUUUGUGACAGUUUAUUGUCUAAAACUGUGUUUUUUUGUUGUUGUUGUUGUUGUUUUGUGCGUGAAUUGAAUUCUGCACCGCAGCAUAUUAUGUCUUCUAUCGUUUGUUCAAGAGGAAUGAAAUACUUUUUCAUGUGGAUUUUUGCAACAAUAAUAUCAUUAUUUAUUUACCGGAAAGUUGUGGACAGCUUAAUUAGUGCUUUGUCAGUUGUACAAAAAAAAAGGACAUUUAAAUAGAUGGAACUUUCUUAUGAUAUACUGAAAAAUAUAUAUAAUGGAGAUAUGAAAUAUGUUGAUUUAUCCACUGUUUGUGUCUGUGUCUGUAUCAGUACAAUGUGCCAUAUACAGUAAAUCCUUCAUAAAAUUAUAUUUUUCAUUGUUUAAGGUGUUUCCCUCUUGCCUAAACUAGAUGAUAAUAGGCCAACAUCCCCCUCUGCUGUUAAAGAGUGAUGGAAACAAUGCAGUGCUCUUUUCACUUGUUGUUACUCUACAACUACAUGCUUAAAUUUUUUUUUUAUUUAAUGUGAUAGACCAACACAAGGUGGCACAUAAUAUUGUUGUGCAUUGCAGAACGAGUUAUCACUACGACUAUACCUCAUGCUCAGUCAGACUGGAUGGAGAGCGUCUUUCAGGCCCUGCCACAGCUUCUCGGUUGGGUUCAGUUCAGAACUUUGAUUGGACCAUUCAAACACAGGCAUGUGCUUUCACCUAAAACAUUCCACCAAAGCUUUUUCUAUAUGUUUAGGGUUGAUGUCCCGCUGGAAAGUGGUCUCAAAUCUUUUAUGGCAAUAAGUUUUUCU